GAAGCAUGGUAAACAGAGUGAGGAGGAGGGUAAAGUUAAACUGGUGGCGUUCACGCACCAUGGAGAGCGCCUUUGCGCACUGAUCUGUUUGGGAGAAAUCACUUAAGUUGAUGUCAUCUGCAGACUUUUCUGGAUUUAAUGUGUGUUUAUCUGUGAAGACAUGGAGUGAAGCGUUUUGCGCACCGGCCAGGAAGGAUGCCCGAGCGAAGAUGUGCAGCAGCCGGAAGAUCAUCUGGAGUUUGUUGGUUCUGUCGACGCUGGAGAUAGGGCUCGGGGUGUCCAGCAUCGCCCUGGGCGCGGUGGGCAUCAUCCGGGCGAAAGCCGAGCACAAGACCCAGCAGGGCGACGCUUCUCCGGUAUGGAGCGGAGUGUGUUUUCUUAUCUGCGGGCUGUGUGGCAUGCUGUGUGCACGGAAAAGGACAGGACUGAUUAUGAUCCUAUUUUCCUCCUGCUGCAUUUGCGGGUUAAUUGGUGGAAUCCUGAACUUCCAGUUUGUCCGCGCACUGGUCAAGCGUCCGGACACCAUGCGCUCUCUUCAUCUGGCCGUCAUGUCUCUAGCGUGUCUGGGCAUCAGCAGCUGCACGCUGUCCACGUGGUUGACCUGCAGACUGGCCAGCAGCGAACAGCAGCGCAUGUUUCUGGAGAGAGAACAUUCACUGCAUCACUCGCACGAAAUGGCAGAGAAGGUACGACAGGAGCUGGAGGUUUUGGAUAACACCAGCAAUGCCAUCUCUCAAAUCUCCUCCAACGGGCGGAGCGCUUCUCCAUGACGGCUCGCUGCCCACACACUCUCGACUGCACAGUUCUUCACUCUGAUUGGCUGAGUCAGGCUGACAGCUCUUCACUCUGAUUGGCUGAGUCGAUCUGACAGGAGAAGCAGAGACUGUAGACGCAGCGUCAGAUGUAUUGAACAGACAGACAGCCAAUCAGUGUCCAGUUACCUGAUGACCUCAGGAGACCUUGACAACCAGCGUACAGAAAAGAUAUUUGAGUACGAAACAAGCAUGCAAACGAUCUUCUCUCUCUUUCUGUGACUCUUUCUCUCUUCCUGUAUCUAGAUAAAGGGAAUGUUGAAUCUGAAAUUGUAAUCCUGAUAUUGUAUGGUAUACCGAAUGCUUUUAUCCUGACCGUAUCAAAUGCACACUGUAAAAUGCCUGUAAAGAUAUUUAUU